UCUGUCUCUUCUCUCUCUCUCUCCUCCCUUCUUUUGCUACCCCCCGCCCCCCUCCUCUGUGUGGCCCCGCCCUGCCCUGUGCAGAGUGAACGCAGCGUCUCUCUUAGACGUCUGUAUUAAACAGGGAAGUUCAGCAGCCCAGAGGAGACACUCUCUGCGCCACAGCUGGAUCUCCGGAAAGGAACGACCCGAAACCCUCACACCAGCAGGACCCCCAUCUCACAGAGCGCUACAGGAUGCCUUUCGGAGGAGGAAACAAGUGUGGCUGCUGCCAGAAGACCGUCUACUUCGCUGAGGAGGUGCAGUGCGAGGGGCGGAGCUUCCACAAAUCCUGCUUCCUGUGCAUGGUGUGCAAGAAGAACCUGGACAGCACGACGGUGGCAGUCCACAUGGAUGAGAUUUACUGCAAGUCCUGCUACGGCAAGAAGCAUGGGCCAAAAGGCUACGGUUACGGCGGGGGAGCUGGAACCCUGAGCAUGGAUAAGGGUGAAUCUCUGGGCAUCAAACCUGAAGAAGCAGGUCCACAUCGUCCCACCAACAACCCCAACCCCUCCAAGUUCGCCCAGAGGUUCGGUGGUUCUGAAGUGUGCCCUCGAUGCAGCAAGUCCGUCUACGCGGCAGAAAAGGUGGUGGGGGCCGGCAGCGCCUGGCACAAGGGCUGCUUCCGCUGCGCCAAGUGCGGGAAAGGCUUGGAGUCCACCACUCUGGCUGACAAGGACGGAGAAAUCUACUGCAAAGGCUGCUACGCCAAGAACUUUGGUCCCAAGGGCUUCGGGUUUGGUCAAGGGGCGGGGGCGUUGGCACAUGCCCAGUAGAGCUGUGGAUUGCACCGCGAGGACACCCUGGACCACAUGGAUGCCAUCUGGGCGUGUUCCAGUGUUAUUUUCUUACUCCAUGACAUCAACGCUCGCUAAAAGCCCAAGAGCUCUGAGUCACUAGGGCGGACCUGUCCAGUCACAAAUAAUGCUUCCAGACCAUUUGGCAUUCAACACGAUUGGUUCUUAAAGGGCAAGGAUACGUGUUCCACUGUAAAUUAUUCAGGAGCAUAAAAGUGAACAUAUAAUUUUGGACAAAUUACUCGGGUGACAAAUUAAUUUCACCGUGAAGGCCUCUUAAAGACUACUCAAGAUACAUAUUUUAUACAUUUUUGUGGCUUUAGUAUUAUGAAUCUUCAAAGUAAAAACAUGACUCAAGGUCCCUGAUUUAAUCUGUUUUGGGGAGGUAUGUAACAAGGAAAGAAACCACACGGGUUGGACAGGACACUACAGUUGCGUUCCAAAUCAACCCCUCCCUUCCUCUGCCCUAUACAAUAUUCCUUACACAGUGUUGCCCAGGGCAGUAGGAAACAAGUGUACACUUUGGAAUGGGACCCCAAGCAUUAUGACAGCACGUUAAAGGCACUCACACAUAACUGACUACAGAGCACUGGCUUUAGGUCUUCCCUACAUCACUACACUGCAUGUCAAAGACUGUCACUGUACUACCAAGGUCCGCUCAACGCUCAGUGCGUCGCAUUUCUAUUAUUCUGUUGCAUACAGAUAGAUCAUUUGCAGUUUUGAUUUGAAGUUUCCAGAAACCAAAUGUCUUGAUGCUCCAUUCUCUGUGGCUGCUUGGACUCGCACCAUGAUUAAUGUCACUGUCAUUUCAAUUAAUGCAUCAUUCAAACACCAAGUGCAGCGCAUAAUGUAUAUAUAAUAGAUGAAUGGCUGAAAUAAACUGUGCAUAUGUGUAAAAAA